AUGGGCCUCUUCCAGUUCUGGGCAAAAGAAACAAAGCGCCCGGGUCCCCUGCCCAAGUGCUGGCCUCCAGCACCGCAUUGGCAAGGCCAAUUCUCCACCCAAGGGUCUGGGCUGGGAGCGCAUGCAAAUGCGAGGCUCUUGCGAAAGUGCUUUCCUCCCCUCCAGCGCCGGGGAGCUAAUCCUCCCCUGGCAGAACUCUUCUGGGACCGCAGAAGUCUACGUCCGCAGAGAGGUGACCGGUGCGCAUCGCCUGGGACUCGCGGCCGAGGACAGACAGCCCCUGAGCAGCCUGCAAAUGAAAUGGAAAAACAAACCAAAACUCCAGAUACAAGACCUGAUGCCCCUCCUGACUACAAUUUGCAUGUUGUUGCAGGAUCCCCUGGACCAGCUGUUCCUCCAUCUGUAGGUUACCCAGGAGGUUUGCCUAUGGGAUACUACAGUACACAGCAGCCCACUACCUUUCCUUUAUACCAGCCAACUGGUAGUACCCAUCCUAUCCACUGUCAGCCUGGCAAAUACGCUACGCCAAGUCAGCUUGCACCAGUGACAUGGAUGCCAGUGCCAACUCCUAUGCUGAACUGCCCUCCUGGUUUGGAAUACUUAUCUCAGUUGGAUAACAUACAUGUUCUUCAGCAUUUUGAGCCUCUGGAACUGGUGACACGCUUUGAAACUAGUAACAGAUAUGAUAUUAAAAAUAAUAUGGACCAGAUGGUUUACAUCGUAAUAGAAGAUAUAAACGACUUCCCCAUAAAUGCUUACCGUACGCUAAGGCCCUUCGUGCUCCGGGUCACUGACUGCACUGGCCGCGAGAUCAUGACGAUGCAAAGGCCUUUCCGAUGCACCUGCUGUUGCUUCUGCUGCCCCUCGGCCAGGCAAGAGCUGGAAGUACAGUGUCCUCCUGGAACCACCAUAGGCUUUGUGGCAGAACACUGGAACCUGUGCAGAGCAGUCUAUAGCAUCCAAAAUGAGAAGAAAGAGAAUAUGAUGAGAGUGCGGGGACCAUGCUCGACCUAUGGCUGCGGGUCAGACUCUGUUUUUGAGGUCAAAUCCCUGGACGGAGCAUCCAACAUCGGCAGUAUUAUUAGGAAGUGGAAUGGUUUGCUUUCAACAAUGGGCGAUGCUGACCACUUUGACAUUCACUUCCCAUUGGACCUGGAUGUGAAGAUGAAAGCCAUGAUUUUUGGAGCUUGUUUCCUUAUUGACUUCAUGUAUUUUGAAAGAUCACCACCACAACCUUCAGGAAGAUAGAGGAGCACAUAAAAUCAUCAGUUACAUUCCAAUUUUAGUGUGUGUGUUGCUGAGGCAAGCACGAGAUCGUCGAUUAAGAUGACAAAAAUAUUUUAGAAAAUGUUGCAUUAGGCUUAACCUAAACCCUUAUUUUUGGAAAGUAUAUUUCUCUGCUGUUCAGGUUAUUUGAAAGAAGAUGCUUAGCUUUGACAGACAGAUUGAAGUUUGAAUAGAAGACCAAAACCAGACAUGUUUCAAUUGGUUGUCUUCCUACUUGGUAGGUUAUGGGUUCAUUUGGAAAAAUUUAGACCCGUUAACCAAGGAAACUUCUACAAAAUUAGCUUUAAAAACUACAAACAUGAGCUAAGGGAAAAAGGAAUAGCCAGAGUUCUCACAUUAAUAAGCAGUGAAAUGAAGGACUGUUUUUUAGACAAAGUACGAUGGUUUCUAUCUAUAAUCCUUUCUCACCUCUAUUUAUUGGCAUGUCUUGUGAUAGAAGACAAAUUUGAUUCCAGGUGAAAAGAAAGACUUUUCGGUUUAAAAACAAAAGAUCAGAGAGAUAUAUUAUGUUUUAUUAUAUAAGAAAAACUUUAUUGCAUACAAAUUUCAAAACUUUAUGAAUUUUGCAAGACUUUUGAUGGAAAACCUGCCGUUAAUAUGAAAUUAGCAUGUAUAUUUUUAUCACAGUGUUUUAAUAUGCACUCAGAUUUUCUCAGCUAUGGCAUAGAUAAGCAGUAGCUGCCUCUGUAUAAGGGUAGAAUCAGACUGCCAGGUAAACAGAGCCACGACCAGUUGAGAUCUCAGCAUCUUAGGGAUAUCAGUAUCCCUAUAAGAACCUUGCAUUUAACACAUGUAUAAUACAUUUACACACAACACAUUAAUAUUUACUGGUCAUAUAUGAAAUAUAUUGAGCCAAAUCUCUGACUUCCUGUAGUCAAUUGUUUUGUUUUGUUCUUUCGAAAUUUCUGGUGACCACCAGGCUGUUCUAAGGCAAGAAAUUGAGCUGUUUUUCAGUUUGAAAUGUGGCUUAGUGUAGCACUUUAUAAAGGCAAAAGCUACUAGCUAUGAUAAUGCUUAGCUGCUUUUUGUUUACAUGUUAGAGAAGAAAAUAAUAAACCCCAGCAAACAUGCUACUUCUGUGUGAUCUACAGUUUAUCACUGAGAACUAUGUGAGAUCAACAGUGUUAAAGUAUCAGCUGGGCUGAUUUCUAUUAACUCACUUAAAGCAUAGUGUAGAAGUGAAUGCUCUUUAACUGGCCCCUAUUGCACUUUAGCCUUCUAUGUGGAUGUAGCCUGUGUUCUGUAAACACAGCUAGUAAUCAGAUCGGAAUGUAUUUUUCUACAGCUCAUUACAUUUCUAAAAAGCGUGAGUAUUCUUAAGGGGGUUAUUUUGAGAUAAGAGCCUUAGUCUGCAGGUCUUUUUGAAAUGAAAGAAAGGUGCUUCCUUUUUGAAUUAUACUACUUUUUAUGAUAAGAGUUGUUUUAUUUAGUUAUUUGUAAUAUUAUUUUUACAUGCUGCUACUAGCUUCUUUUAAAUAAUGUAAAAGCUGCUGCUCUCUAAAAUAAAUGCCUUAUAUUUGAAAAUAUAAUCUUAGACAGAUGUAUUUCCUAUAAUGUUUUGAUGUUUUAUAUAGAAAAUUUUGUAUUGAGGUCUAUAAACUUUGUAUUUUUCCUUGCUUAUAGUCCUGUAUUUGAAGACCUGCAUAAUACUUAUAGUAUAAGAAAGACAGAGCAUUUUAAAUUUGUUUAAUGUUUUUGUUUUUUAACAUGUCUCUUAUGGUUACAAAUUUUAUUUAAAAAUAACACCAUGUGCUAUGCUUUGUGUUUUAAUUCACAAAAUAGUUUCUGUAUUUUAGAUGGCACUUCAUUGUGUAAUAUUUAUCAGGUUAGCUGUCCCUCAAAAUAUGUGUGUUCUCAUGUUUCUUCAUGUGAUCUGGAUUUUAAAUAAAUGUAGUAGGGUUAAUAGUAAAAAA